AUGUCCCAGCAACACGUCGUAUUGAAUCGCACCGGUGAUAAGAUGCCACUUGUUGGCUUUGGCACAUGGAAAGUCCAAAGCGAUCAGGCGGAGGAUGUUAUCUAUGAUGCGAUCAAAGUGGGCUAUCGCCUUAUAGAUGAUGCUUGUGAUUAUGGCAAUGAGCAAGCGGUUGGCAAGGGUAUUGCACGUGCCAUCAAAGAAGGCAUUGUGAAGCGUGAGGACCUAUUUGUGGUGACCAAACUUUGGAACACGUAUCAUAGCAAGGAUCAUGUUCAAGAGGCAUUCAAUAGACAACUCAAGGAUCUUGGAUUGGAUUACAUUGACCUUUACCUCAUCCACUUUCCUGUUCCUCUAAAGUAUGUACCACUCGACAAGGCCUAUCCACCUGGUUGGUAUCAAUCGGAGCAGGCUACCAAAGUAGAGUAUGAACGUUCGCCUAUUCAUGAAUGUUGGCGUGAAAUGGAAAAGCUCGUGGAUAGUGGCAAGGUGCGCAAUAUUGGGGUAUCCAACUUUAACGUGCAAUCAAUGUUGGAUCUUUUCACCUAUUGCAAAUACAAGCCUGCUACUCUCCAAAUUGAGAUACACCCUUACCUACCCCAGAAACGCCUAGUUGAAUGGGUCACUUCGCAUGAUGUGCAUAUCACUGCUUAUUCUUCCUUUGGUCCGGUGUCAUAUGAAGACCUUACUGAUGAUGGCCGUAAAGCGAAACCUCUUCUCCAGCAUGAUACUAUCAAAUCGAUUGCCAACAAAAAGGGAAAGGACCCAGGACAAAUCCUGUUGCGUUGGGCUAUACAACGUGGUAUUGCUGUUAUCCCAAAGAGUACUCAUGUUGAACGCAUGAAAACCAAUCAUGACCUCUUCUCUUGGGAACUCACUGAUGAGGAAAACAAGGAAUUAGACAAGUUGUCACAAGGAUUACGUUUCAAUAAUCCUGAUAGCUAUGGCUUUGACCUCCCAUUGUUUGCAUAA